UCAUCACUAUACAUUACUUGUUUGCUGAGCUGAACACUGCUCCUCUUCGUUUCAUCACCCACUGCCGACCAUGGCCAACAACGGGUUCGUCCAUGAGCCCGCGGCCGACGAAAAGGUCGCGCCGCUGCCUGGCUACAACGAAGCUGGCCAUAACAAUGCCAGCGCCGGUACCGUACAGGAGGAAGACUUCAUGACCCGCAGCGGUCUGAAUUUGAAGUCAUUCCAGAAGCGCGAUUAUGGCCGUGGCAUCGUCGAGCUGGACCGCGCCAUGAAGGGUCGCCAUUUGCACAUGAUUGCCAUUGGUGGCUCCAUUGGCGCUGGUUUCUUCGUCGGCUCUGGUGGCGCGCUGGCCUCUGGUGGCCCUGCCUCUGUUCUUCUUGGCUUCAUGAUUGUCGGCGUCAUGAUCUUCAACGUUGUCUUCGCUCUUGGUGAGCUAGCUGUAAUGUAUCCAGUAUCUGGUGGCUUCUAUACGUACUCGACUCGCUUUAUUGACCCCUCGUGGGGUUUCGCCAUGGGCUGGAACUAUGUCUUCCAAUGGGCUAUCGUCUUACCCCUUGAGCUCACAGUAUGCGGCCUCGUGGUCGCGUACUGGAACGACAAUAUCAGCGUAGCUGUCUGGAUUACCGUCUUCCUCGUCGCUAUCAUCAUUGUCAACAUUUUUGGCAGUAUUGGCUAUGCCGAAGAAGAAUUCUGGUCGUCUCUGCUGAAACUCGCGGCUAUUGUCAUCUUUAUGAUCAUCGCUCUGGUCCUGGUUCUUGGCGGCGGCCCAUCCAGCGGUCGCUACGAUGAAUAUUACGGCGCGCGUCUCUGGUAUGACCCAGGCGCUUUCCGUAACGGCUUUAAGGGCUUCUGUUCCGUCUUCGUGACGGCUGCCUUCUCCUUCUCUGGUACCGAGCUUGUUGGUCUUGCUGCCGCUGAGAGCAAGAACCCCGUUAAAUCCCUGCCUGGCGCAAUCAAGCAGGUUUUCUGGCGUAUUACGCUCUUCUACAUCCUCGGCCUCUUCUUUGUUGGCCUACUCAUCCCAUCUGACGACCCAAGCCUGCUGUCCGACUCGGCCUAUUCAGACGUCAAGGCCUCGCCCUUUGUCCUUGUUGGUCUGUACGGCGGCCUGAAGGGAUUCGACCAUUUCAUGAACUUCAUUAUUCUGGUGUCCGUUCUCUCUAUCGGCGUCUCCGGUGUAUACGGCGGUUCACGUACCCUGACUGCUCUGGCUCAGCAGGGCUACGCCCCCAAGAUCUUUACUUACAUUGAUCGCUCCGGCCGCCCGCUGCCCUCAGUACUGGCCAUCAUCCUCUUUGGUCCGCUGGCUUACAUCAACCUCAGCGCUUCUGGUCCCGACGUCUUCGCCUGGCUGCUUGCCCUCUCCGGUUUGGCCGCUGUCUUCACGUGGGGAUCCAUCUGCCUCGCUCAUAUUCGCUUCCGCAAGGCUUGGGCGUACCACGGCCACACUCUUGACGAGAUUCCUUUCCACGCGGCUGGCGGUGUCUACGGAUCGUGGCUGGGUCUCUUCCUUUGCUUCAUUGUUCUUGCUGCCCAGUUCUACACAGCUAUCGCUCCCCCAGGCCAGUCGGCGCUCAACGAUGCCGAAGGCUUUUUCAAGUCGUAUCUUGCCCUGCCGGUCGUCAUGCUCUUUUGGAUCUGCGGCUUUCUGUGGAAGCGUACGGGCUGGUUGCGCACAGCGCAGAUGGACGUGGACACUGGCCGUCGCGAUCUCGACUGGGAAGCCAUCCGCGAAUAUCGCGAACAUCAGAAGUCGCUGCCCAAGUGGAGGCAAAUUCUGAACCGGGUCAUGUAA